AUGUUAAGAAGAGUAGCCUCGGAAGGACCAACCUUGGUACCAGCCUCGACGACCAAGACAUCGGAAACGAUUUCAAUGGUACCACGAGCAAUCUUGGUGGGGACACCGAGAGCUUGGAAGAAAGAGGUCUUACCAGGCUCCAUACCAGUGUUACCAGCAGGAACCCAAACGUCCUUAGGAGCAACGGCACCAGCACGAGCGGGAGCAGCAACACGGUUGGAGACAAUGGACUCACGGAUGGUCUUCAAGUCAGCGUUGGUGAAAACAAAACCAAUGUUACCCUUGACGAAAGGCAAAACCUUCUCGAGGUCAGGGAACUCAGCAAUGAAUUGA